AUGGGUCUUGUUUCCCGUCCCCCAUGUCGGGUCAUCAUCAUCGGCGGUGGCAUCUCCGGCCUCGCCAUGGCAUGCCAGCUCAAACGCACCUUUAAUCUCCAUGACUACUGCAUUUAUGACCGUCAGAGUAGCUUAGGGGGAACGUGGUGGGCCAAUACCUAUCCCGGAUGCGCCGUCGAUGUCCCCGGCUUUACCUACACCUUUUCUUUUGCCCCAAACCCUGAUUUUACACGAUUAUUUCCAUCGCAAAAGGAGAUUCUGAGCUACCUAUCCACGGUCGCAAUCCAAUACGGCGUCGAUCGGCAUUUUACCGGCCAUACGGAGUGGACCGGCGCAUCCUGGCAAGAAAAGACACGAACCUGGCUGGUGACCCUGCAGGAUAUCCACACCGGCCAAUCCUUUACGCAGGAAUGUCAGAUCUUGAUCUCUGCCGUAGGAGGAUUGGUGAAUCCACAUGAAUUAAACAUCCCCGGGAUGCAGGAUUUCCAAGGGGAGAUAAUCCACACGGCACGAUGGCGACACGACGUAGAUCUCACCAACAAACAUGUCGCUGUUAUUGGGAAUGGAGCAUCCUCCAUCCAACUCAUCCCCGCCAUCGCCGACAAAGCCAAAUCCAUCACCCAGUUCAUGAGGACCCCCCAUCACAUCGUCCCCGCCACCAACUACGAUAUCUCACCCACCUGGCGCGCCCUCUUCCACCAUCUCCCUAUCCUAUUGUAUCUCCUCCGUCUCUUCAUGCUGCUCUACAUGGAAACCGCCUUUUUCCAAUUCCAAAACACUCCCACGGGGAAAUCUCGUCGUCAGGCUUCCCAACAAGCGAGUCAGGAAUAUGUUCAACAGACAGCCCCAGAACAAUACUGGGACCUUCUCAUCCCGAAAUAUCAAUUCGGGUGCAAGCGCCGCCUCUUCGACCACACCUACCUCACCACCCUGCACCAAACCCAUAAAAUCAGCCUCACGAAUGAUCCCAUCGCUUCGCUCACAGCGAACGCUAUCAACACUGUCUCUGGAUCUUCCGUCCCCGUGGAUAUCAUCAUAUUAGCAACAGGCUUCACUCUAACCCAAUACACCACUCCAUUAACCGGCCGCAACAACCUCACCCGGUCCCAACACUGGUCUACCCACGGGUACGGGCAUAAAGCCACCUACAAAACAGUGGCCAUGCACGGAUUCCCCAAUUUCUUCUACGUCAUGGGACCGAAUUCCGGACGGUUGUUUACGUCGACGGUGGGGGUGAUUGAAUCGUGA